AUGCCACCAAGGGCCACGAGGUAUGAGGUAAACGACAAGGUGUUGUGCAAGCAUGGCUUGUUCUUCUAUGAGGCGAAAAUAACCGAUGUUGAAGAAGAGGCUGGCGAAAUGAUCUAUACGGUACAUUACCAGGGUUGGCACAAGAGAUACGAUGAACGAAUUCGUCAGUCGAAAUGCCCUGAAAUGUUUCUACCGUUGACCGAAGCGAACAUCGCUAAAGCGAAGGCGGACAUUCAAGAGGCAAGCGCUGCGAAGACGAAACGCAAGAAACAGAAAUUAGAGGACGAUGACGCGCGGAAGAGCGAAAAUGGCAGCCGAGCAUCAACUCCGAGUGAUCGUGCAGGAAGUAGUUGCCAUGCUCCUAGUGUUCACAGCGAUCGACGCGGUCCUGUUUCAAAACCAUCGGAGACUGUGACACAGAAAAGUGCUGGCGAUGAGGCAGAUGAGGCGGUCUUGGUUUCGUUGGGCCCGAAAAUUGACGCGCAAGUUGAGAUGCUGAGCAAUUUGCCGAAAUUGUUCAAGAAGAUUUUAGUCGAAGAAUAUAACGCCAUCAUGGUUCAUGGAAAGCUAGCAGUUCUGCCUGCCAGAGUUACGGUCUACAAUAUCGUUGAGAAAUAUCAGGAAUUUUCAAGGAAUCUGUUUCCUAAAAAUAUGGAGAUCGAUGUCGAGCAUGAAGGUGGUACAACCCGCAUUCCUGGAGUAGAUACUCUUUGUGCGACUGCAGUCAAUUUACGGGACUAUUUCGACAUUGUUCUUGGCUACCAGUUGUUGUACAAGUACGAGAAACCGCAGUACCAGGCAUUGUCGAAGCGUGAGCAGGAGAAGUUUGAUGGCGAGGUGACGAAAACGCCGGAAACCCCCGGUCGCAGGCGCAGGCAGACUCGCGAUGUGAGACCGUCACUUCCGCCCCUAGUGAUAUUGCAGUUAUUGGAAGGUGGUCCAUUGCGUCCAGAGAUGCUUCGGCCAUCGAAAUACUACGGUCUUUGUCAUUUGCUGCGUCUGUUGGUAAAGUUGCCAAUUUUGCUCCGUUUGAGUUCUACGGACGAUUCUGAAUUUAUGGUCCGCAUUGCAUGUGUGCACGAUUUCAUCGCGUUCCUCAGACAGAAUGCACCAAUGAUUUUGAAUUUUGAUUUAGACUAUAAGGUUGCAAGCGCUGACUAUGCAAAGGCAGUUGGUUGA